CCAACGAUAGUCCUCGUAAACACCACCACCAAUUGAACUUCUCCCCUCUCUCAUUUUCAUUCUAAAACUAAGAUCUAAAAAUUUUCGAAAUGGCUGGCGUUGAAUUGCUACCCAGGGAGUACGGAUACGUAGUUCUUGUUCUGGUUUUCUAUUGUUUCAUUAAUUUCUGGAUGACUGCGCAAGUCGGCAGAGCCCGCAAGAAGUAUAAUGUAUCUUAUCCGACUCUGUAUGCGAGUGAAGCUGAUAACAAGGAUGCCAAACUCUUCAAUUGUAUCCAGAGGGGGCACCAGAAUUCACUGGAAAUGCUGCCCAUGUUCUUGAUGUUGAUGAUUCUGGGAGGUAUCAGGCACCCUUUGAUUGCUGCAUCACUGGGAGUUGUUUACUGCGUCUCUCGAAUUUUCUACUUCAAAGGCUACUCCACCGGUGAUCCUCUGAAACGCCUGUCCAUCGGGAAAUAUGGUUUCUUGGCCUUAUUUGGGCUGAUAAUUUGCACAAUUUCAUGUGGAGUUGGUAUGCUUACUGCUUGAUGAAAAGGAUAUGCUUUGGAGUCUUGUGUUAUUUAGUUGGUGGUAGUUGGCAUGCUUCUUUCCACUUACUUUAUAUCAUCCGCAAACCAGUUUCUUUACCUGAUUUGGCCAAUUCUAAGGGUGUAUUUUGUUAUUCUUACAAUCUUACUCGCACCUUGACUUGAUUUAAUGAAUACAGCUUCUACAAUCAUGUAACUGUAUAUUUUUAGAUUUUGAGUUUAGGAUGGAAGAUUGGGAUUACAGAGCUUAGUUGAAUUGAAAGGAGCUCUUUAAAUUUA